UGAAGGGAUCUUCUUUUUUUUUUUCUUCUUCUUCUUUUUCAAAUAUCUUUCUAAUAUCAUGGUAAACCGUGAUUCCGAUAGUUGACUUGUUAUUAUCUAUUACUAACUUAUGGAAAAUACAAACUAGGGCACGGGUAUAGAUAAACUAUCAGGCACAAUUGGCUUCUUUUUGGCAUCUGCUUUAUUUAUCUAUUAUACUGUUUGGGUUUUACUAAUGCCAUUUGUGGAUGAAGGACAUUUUUUACAUAGCUACUUUCCGGAAUGGCACCACGCGAUACGAAUACCAUUAUUGAUCAUGAUCACUGGAUUGACAGCUAUCUUUACUUUCCUUGGAACAGUCAUGGUAAAAAGCAAACAGUCUAGGAAAUGGGAUUAAAUGAUAUCAUAUAUACCUUUUUUUUUUAUUAUUUUAUUAAUAUUUAUUAUUAUCAAUAAAGCUUUUGUAUUAUAUCACACUA